AUAAACACCAUCUCAGACCAAAGCAAAGCAGAGCAGAGAGCACAAACACAGUUUCCCACUCUAAUAAAAAAGCGCCAAUAACCUGUCGCCUCCAUCUCCGACACCUCUCCCUCCCUCCCUCCCUCCCUCUCUCAUCAUGGCAAACAACCCGUCGGAGGCCUACCCCGACGAGUUCCUCGAGCAAAUCCUAGCCAUGCCGUCGUACUCUUCCCUUGCUGGAACCGACGGCGCCUCAUCUCAAUCCGCGGCGUCUCCGCUCAGCUUCACCGGCGGAAUGGGCCUCCAGCAUCCGUUUAUUCCGUUGGGCUUGAGCCUGGACAACGGCCGUGAGGAAAUCAACGGUGGAGGUUUUGCUGGGAAGAGCGAAAGAGAAUCUAUGAACAUGGGGAGUUUGUUUCCUGUGUUUGAGCAUUUGCAGCCUCAUUCUGUCCGCCAAUCCGUUUCUCACCAGGUUUUCCAUGGUCAACCGACCACCAGCACAACAGUCUCUGUGCCCCAUCCACCUUCCAUCCGCCCAAGGGUGCGGGCUCGACGUGGGCAAGCCACAGAUCCCCACAGUAUCGCUGAGAGGUUACGUAGAGAAAGGAUAGCAGAAAGGAUGAGGGCUUUACAGGAACUUGUUCCCAGCUGUAACAAGACAGAUAAGGCUGCCAUGCUUGAUGAAAUUCUUGAUUAUGUGAAGUUCUUAAGGCUUCAAGUCAAGGUUCUAAGCAUGAGCAGGCUCGGUGGAGCUGGUGCUGUGGCCCAACUUGUGGCCGAUAUUCCACUGUCAUCAAUUGAGGGAGAUAACAGUGGUGGAUGCAACCAGAAUGCCUGGGAUAAGUGGUCAGAUCACGACGUAGAGCAAGAAGUGGCUAAGCUCAUGGAAGAAGAUAUGGGGGCUGCGAUGCAAUACCUGCGAUCUAAAGCACUUUGCGUCAUGCCCGUGUCCCUUGCUGCACUAAUCUAUCCUACACUCCCACCAGAUGCCCCAGAACUUGUCAAGGCCGAACGACCCGAACCAAAUGGCCCGUCCUAGUCCUUCAACCAAUCGCACGUGCCUACAAGAACUCCAGAUGGCCACAAUCCUACAGGUUACUUUGGCAUUUUGUGUUAAUGGAAUCGAAGUCGGAUUCCACCAUUUUGGCUUUGUUAUCCAUUGAAGAAUAGAAAAUGAAGGCAGCUCAGUGCUUUUUUGCCGCGGUCAAGCAACUGGAGAGAUUUUCAAUGUUAUCUUCAUAUACUGUGGAACUCGAAGACUCUUGCUUGGUGGAAGUGGGACACAAGAAAAGCGAUGGGAUUGGUAGUAUUUUGAUAUAUAAAGGAAACAGUUUGGAAUGAUUUUUGGCCCAAGUCAUGUUCAGGAAUGAUGUUUGGGUUCUCUCCUUUUGGUUAGUGGGGUUGAUAAAAAGAUCUUUGACCUUUUGUUGUACCUGCACAAUGGUUAUGUUGUAGUACUAGUCUUUAUGGUGGAGAUCAUCAUACUCCAUCGACAAUGUGAUUGCUUAAGUUUGACUCUUGGA